AUGGCACUCCCAUCAAUGUCACUAUAUGAAUCCAUGGCCGAGGAAACAAGAGAUACCUCGGUCCGAACCUACGUGGACAAUACCCUCACAGAUUUUCUCCGUGGACUUUCACUUUCAAGCUCAGAAGGCCCACCAUCCGUCACUCUACGAUGCAGGACAAACCCAUCAGCACACACCAUCAACCCACAAAGCGGAGCUCUUGAAGCAGUCGAGCCAGUGGUUUCAUACAGGACUUAUUACUGGCCAGGAAACUCGGCGUUUGAAUCAUGGAGGUUCACGGUUAUAAUUCGAAUCCUCGCUGUGAUUGUCGAGGCAAUACAGAUGGGACAAUCUAUUUCGAAGAGGGAUAUAUUUUACAUCGAUCCGGCAUACUUUAGAUCGCAGAAUGUUGUGGACCGCAUUGUGGAUGGCCUUGCAUACACUAUAGGAGUGGAUCGAAUGGCGUUGAACGUCGAAGCAGCAGGGAAAGGGCUGUUGGCUGGAUCUUUCAUUCUGAAGCGAGACUCACAGAUCGUGCUAGAUGCUGGGUCUUCUUCUCAGGAUACUUUGAUACCUCGGAUCCAGGAAAAUGACGAAAUUGAUAUUACUGGGACUCGCUGGGUGCUCAUUAUCGAGAAAGAAGCUGUGUUCCACCGACUCGCGCGAAAGAAGUACCACAUGACAGCUCUUGUUGGUAAAGGCAUUCUCAUCACUGGGAAAGGAUAUCCGGAUAUUUGCACACGUGCAUUCGUCCGGCGGCUCCUCGACUUCGCAUCCCUUGAAAAUAAGCGACCGCCGCCCAUUUAUGCACUGGUUGAUGGGGAUCCCGAUGGUAUAGCGAUCAUGUCGACCUACAAGUACGGAUCAAUGGGGCAUGUUCACGAAAAUGCAAGACUUGCCGUACCCGGAGUGAAGCAUCUUGGGCUUCGAGUAUCAGACAUCAUCACAGAUCCGUAUGGUUCGAACAAUGCCCUUCUCUCAUUGACCGCGAGAGACCGCAGAAAGAUUCAAUCAAUGCUCCGCAAUAGUCCCAUCUGGGCAGACGACGGGCCGGAAUCUGGAUGGCGUGUGGAGCUGCAGCGAAUGCUGAUGCUGAAUAUGAAAGCGGAGAUCGAGUUGCUUUAUGACCGUGAUGAUGGUCUUGAAGGAUGGAUUGAUCAGCGAAUGUUCCGGCAAGUAUAG